AGAGGCGGUCUGCUCUCCGCACGGGCCUGCCGCGCCUGCGCCCUGGGCCUUCCUGACGCUGCCGGGCCGGACCCGGGCGGAGCCGGCGGGCGGCCAGGCUGGGGCUCGGGGGCUGGAGGAGACCGCGGGGUCGCCGGAGGAGCGCGUGCGGGCCGGAGGCGGCCCGGAGCUCGGGGCUGAGCGCGGCGCUGGGAGCGGGGCCGAAGCGCUGGGACGCGGCGGCGCGGCUGCCGGCUGGAUGGGAAGUUGAUGUUGACGGCGGAGUCCACCCAACGUUUCCACGGUGGCGACAGACAAGGUUGCAGAGAAGUUGAGUUCUACUCUCUCAUGGGUGAAGAACACAGUAUCACACACAGUCAGUCAGAUGGCCAGUCAGGUGGCAAGUCCAUCUGCUUCAUUACACACCACGUCCUCAUCUACCACGCUGUCGACACCGGCCCUCUCACCGGCCUCCCCAUCGCAGCUGAGUCCAGACGACUUAGAACUCCUGGCUAAGCUGGAGGAACAGAAUAGAUUGUUAGAGACGGAUAGUAAGUCUCUAAGAUCUGUAGAUGGGUCAAGAAGAAACAGUGGCUCCUCCCUUGUAUCAAGUUCAUCAGCCUCUAGCAACCUCAGUCACCUCGAAGAGGAUUCUUGGAUUCUUUGGGGAAGAAUCGUUAAUGAAUGGGAAGAUGUGCGGAAGAAAAAGGAAAAGCAAGUUAAGGAGCUUGUUCGUAAAGGGAUACCCCAUCACUUUAGAGCAAUAGUUUGGCAGCUUUUAUGCAGCGCACAGAGCAUGCCAAUUAAGGACCAGUAUUCAGAACUCCUGAAAAUGACCUCACCUUGUGAAAAACUGAUCCGGCGGGACAUUGCUAGAACUUACCCUGAACACAACUUUUUUAAGGAAAAAGAUAGCCUUGGACAGGAGGUUUUGUUUAAUGUGAUGAAGGCAUAUUCCUUAGUGGAUCGUGAGGUUGGUUACUGCCAAGGAAGUGCUUUUAUAGUUGGAUUGUUGCUUAUGCAGAUGCCCGAAGAAGAAGCUUUCUGUGUAUUUGUUAAAUUAAUGCAAGACUAUAGACUGCGGGAACUUUUUAAACCAAGCAUGGCAGAAUUGGGCCUUUGUAUGUACCAGUUUGAAUGCAUGAUACAGGAGCAUCUCCCAGAGCUCUUCGUGCACUUUCAGUCUCAGAGUUUUCAUACCUCAAUGUAUGCGUCGUCUUGGUUUCUGACCAUCUUCCUUACGACUUUCCCAUUACCAAUUGCAACGAGGAUAUUUGAUAUCUUUAUGUCUGAGGGUUUAGAAAUAGUGUUUCGGGUAGGCUUAGCGCUGCUUCAGAUGAACCAGGCAGAGCUGAUGCAGCUCGACAUGGAAGGGAUGUUACAGCACUUUCAGAAGGUCAUUCCACAUCAGUUUGAUGCUGGUCCAGACAAGUUAAUUCAGGCAGCUUACCAAGUCAAAUAUAACUCAAAGAAAAUGAAAAAGCUUGAGAAGGAAUACACUACAAUAAAAACUAAAGAAAUGGAAGAACAAGUUGAAAUUAAAAGGUUACGCACAGAAAAUAGACUUUUAAAACAGCGCAUUGAAACAUUAGAAAAAGAAAGUGCUUCCUUGGCAGAUAGAUUGAUACAGGGACAAGUGACAAGAGCCCAGGAGGCUGAGGAAAACUACCUCAUAAAGCGGGAGCUGGCCAGCAUCAGGCAGCAGAGCGAUGAGGCCAGUGCUAAACUGGAGCGGGCUGAGGGCACCAUCAGGAAGCUCCAGCGCCAGCAGCAGUGGCAUAAAUGCAGUUCCAACUACAGUGAAGAUUUUGUGCUACAGCUGGAGAAGGAAUUGGUCCAAGCCCGUCUGAGUGAAGCCGAGUCUCAGUGUGCACUGAAGGAAAUGCAGGAUAAAGUUCUCGAUAUAGAAAAGAGAAACAACUCUUUUCCUGAUGAAAACAACAUUGCUAGGCUUCAGGAAGAACUCAUUGCUGUGAAACUGAGAGAAGCAGAAGCUAUUAUGGGUUUGAAAGAACUUAGACAACAGGUCAGGGAUUUGGAGGAACACUGGCAGCGCCACUUAGCUCGUACUACUGGGAGGUGGAAAGACCCCCCUAAGAAAAAUGCUGUGAAUGAGUUACAAGAUGAACUGAUGACCAUUCGACUUAGAGAAGCUGAAACACAGGCAGAAAUAAGAGAAAUGAAACAAAGGAUGAUGGAAAUGGAAACACAGAACCAGAUCAACAGUAAUCAUCUUCGACGAGCAGAGCAAGAGGUAAACAACCUACAGGAGAAAGUGCAGUGUCUUUCUGCGCAGAACAAAGGGCUGCUAACCCAAUUAAGUGAAGCAAAGCGCAAACAAGCAGAGAUUGAGUGCAAGAACAAGGAAGAAGUGAUGGCUGUGAGACUCCGUGAGGCAGACGGCAUCGCCGCUGUGGCCGAGCUGCAGCGGCACAUUGCUGAGCUCGAAAUCCAGAAAGAAGAAGGGAAGCUUCAAGGACAGCUUAACAAGUCUGAUUCUAACCAGUACAUUAGGGAACUGAAAGACCAGAUAGCAGAGCUGAAUCAUGAGCUCAGGUGCCUAAAAGGCCAGAGGGGCUUCUCCAGCCAACCCCCUUUUGAUGGAAUCCACAUCGUCAACCAUUUAAUAGGAGAUGACGAAUCAUUCCAUUCCUCUGAUGAAGAGUUCAUAGAUAACUCCUUACAGGAAAGCGGUGUCGGUUUUCCUUUGCACAGAAAAUCUGGCCUGACGUCUCUGGACCCCACCGUGGCAGACGGCAGCGAAAGCGAUGCAGAAGACAGCGUGCCGGAGGCCAGAGAGGGCCACGGCGGUUCUCAGAAGGAGCGGCCCCCGAGGAGGAGAGAGUCGUACUCCACCACUGUCUGACCGUCACUGUGACCUGGACUGUGGGCUUUUUUAAGGGAUCAGUUAUCAGAUGAUUAAGGGUUUUUGGAACAUAUCUGUUUCAUAUGUGUACAUAUAUACAUAUAUAUAUAUAUUUUACAAUCUUAUCUGCCUUUUUAUCUUUGCCAAAUCACCACUGACUUACCAUUGCCAUCAGGUAGACUGGAAUAUGGUUAAUGGGAAAAAUAAGGUUCUAACAGAAUUACUGAAGAUUAAUGUUUCUUGUUUAGAAAAUGCAGUUGUAUCUAUACGUGGGAACCGUUUUGAAGUUCAGAACUAUGGAAAGUUGAAUUUUUCAAACAAAACUGUUCUUGUGCAAUAUUUUAUGCUCAGUAAACAAGUUGUAUAUUUAUGUUUAUCAAUUUGUUUUCAGGGCAGCUGUCUACACACAUUUGACCAAGACACACAUCUCAUUUACCUUGGGUUUUUUUGUGUUUGGGAAUUUUUUUCUUCCAAUUAAAAUUACUGCUUUGUUGGUGGGCCACUGAAAAUUCCCAAACACAAAGCCUUCUUUUCAUAUGACUUUGUAAACAAGUUCAUGGUUAUCUGUCUUGAGAAUUUCACAUUUUGUUUUAAUUUCAAAGUUUUAUGUGCAUAUGAUGCUUCCAUGUGUUGCCUACCGGUCAGAGUAGUAAGUUAACUACAAAUAUAUUGUUUUUUUGUGUAUAUUUAUAAACCUGCAUCACCCAACAUUGAACAUCAUUUUAUAUGGAGAAUGUAUGUGUUGCAAAAUGACUGCCUUCAGCAUUCUAACAGGACUUCUGUAAAUGAUAGGUUAAAAGAAAAUUGAAAAUAAAUCCAAACACUAAUAUUUUAAUAGCUUUAAUAUUUUGCUUAGCACUCAACACUAGCAGAUUCAUAACUUAACUGAUGCUUGUUCAAAAACACUAUUGGUGAAAUCUUUUACUUCAUGUGUAUGUAACUAAUAAAUUUUUCAUGAUUAGAGAGAUGAUAGCACGCAUUAUUCAGUGCUAAUAUUCUAUGUAAUACAAUUUAAGCAGUGGACUGAGGUCCAAGGUACACAACAAUUAUAUCUGCAAAUAAUCUAUGAACAUUAUCUUCAGAUUCUCUAGUUACUAAUCUAAAGAUAAAGCAAGCCAUAAGAAUCCUUUCCUACCAAUUCUGUUGUAUCAUCUAGACUUUUUUUCCCCUAGAAAACAAUACCUGUCAUUGAUAAAUUGGAGAAAACACUCAAACUACACUUACUCUGUGGAAAGAUGUGUUGACUGAAUGCUUUUCAUUCUCAUUUUAAUCAGCAGCCUUGGGGAAAAAAACAGCCUUCAAGAAUAAGAGGAAGGUAGAAUUCAGUAAAUAUGGAGGUACAAUUUUGCACAGUAUGUUGCAUGGAGAAAAAAAAAUUACAUGACAGAAUGAAAUAGAAGAGAUAAAAAUAGGUUUCUGUCUAAAACCAGGAGUUAUGCCUUAUUAAAGAUUUUCCCAGCAAGCCCUUUGUAGCUAUUUGCUCGAGAAACAAGAUUGAAAACUUGCCUACUGUGUCGGCAGCACCAGGCUAAAUCUAGUGGUUAAGUAGUUUAUCUGUGGUCACAGGUCAGUAAGUAGCAGAGCCAAGGCGUUAAUCCAGAUCUCUCUGACUCUAGAGCGUUUGAAAAGGCUUAGGUGAUGAAUUUCUCAAAUUCCCUGCUUUUCUGACAAUUAAUGUGAUUUAAAUAAAUUUGAUUUAAGUGUUUCCUGAAUAUAUUACAGCUAUAGCUGUAUAUAUGUGAGCACACGGCUUUACACCACUUACGAGUGUAGAUACGCCUCCUAGAACUGGCUGACUGGCGCUCUGGGAUUCUCUUUGGUUCAUUACUAUUUGCGUAGAGGCUAUUGCUGCCCAAGUGAAAUUAGAUGAUUCAUGGCCACAUGACAACUUUGACCCCCCCAUCAGGAAAUCUGAAUGACACAGCCCAUGAGCCAGUUCCCUCCAACCACCUGUUUUUAUGGGGCCCACAAGCUAAGAGUAGUUUUUUACAUUUUUAAAUAGUCGAGUUAAAAAUCACAAGGAGAAUGUUUGUGUCACGUGAAACUCAUGCACUCCAAAUCUCAGCGCUGACGGAGCUCUGUGGGUGCGUACCCUUGCUUACUCGUUUGCACGUUGUCCGUGGCUGCUUUUGUGCUCCAGAAGCAGCGGAGUAGCUUGAAACACCUGCUCUCUGUCCCUUCAGAGGAAGAGCUGGCUGCCCUGAACUGAGACUCUAAAACACAGGUUUGCCUCUUCAGUUUGUGUCAAUAGAAGAUUGAACCAUUUGCUUUUGCUGUUGAGCUAAUGCUUUGGGAACCUAAAGUUUCUUGGUGGGUCUUAUACUCAGGACUAGUGAAAAGGGAGCGUGUGCCAGCUAUUUUAGGUUACGAAGUCUUUCGUGCCAUAGGCAAAUUUGGAAGGACAUCUGUGCCUUUGGAGAUGGAGAGAGACAGCAAGGAGUUCCGGAAUCCCGGCACAGUUCUUGAGCGCGCGGUCAUCGGCCCUCAGAUGUGCUUCGUUGAGUCAGUGUUACAAUUUUACUUUAAAAGGAAGAAUAUCUUUCUAGAAUCACGUUUCAACUCUAAACCUUGAAAGAUAUUCUUAGAGAAUUUCACAGGUACUGUUUCUGGUUAGGAAUUAGCUGUCAAAGGAAUCACAGUAAGUAAACCUUAAUCUGUUGAGACUUCUGUAAUUUGGACAAUGAAAAACUAGAAACAACAAUCUUCUCAUUUAAGAUCUUUGAUUCAAAUACUUCUCAGAAGGAUUUAAAAUCUUCCCGUCCUUUAGGGUGUAAUAGAAUAGAGACUGUGUUCUGAUUUGACUCCAUUUCACUCAAAUUAAGACUUUGAGGCAUUGGACAAUGCUCUCUUGACAGAUUUUAUUUAUUUAAUCUCUGGUAUUUUUGUGUCACUUAAAUAUUACUCUGUUAAACAUUUAGAGUUGAGGAAUACUCAGCGGGUUGGGGGAAUGAAAUGAACUUUUUAAAACUCACAAAAUAUUUACCCCCUUGGGAUAGUUAUUUCCUGGUAUCAUUGCCAUCAUGGGGUGAAAUGCUGAGAGUAAAAACCACAAGUCAUCUGAAUAAAAUGGAAAUUGCAUUGAGGCGAUGAAACAAGAGACUUCAUACAUCAAGAAAGUAUUUCAGCUUUGUAAAAAAUUAGUGAAGUUUUUCUUCCUAGAAAAAUACAUCAAAGAUACAAGUUUACACCAUUUCGACCCUUUUUAUUGACAUGUAGUAGGCGCUCACUGUUUGAUGACCAAUUGAGACAUCAAGUCCCAGCUACCUGGCUGGCUCUUUUGGGAGAAAAAACAACUUUUUCUUAGCUCUGAACAUGAUACAGCUUGUCACUCUCCAGAUAGUGCCUUUGAUUGAAAAGACAGUCUAGGCCUUUUUAAGUGUUUUCUUUCUGACAUAAGAAAUGAUUUGGUUCCUCGUUCUUCUUUACUUUUUACAUAAUGCACUAUAAUUUUUAGAUUUAAAGUAAAAUAAGUGUAUGAGUUGUGCUUUGGUAAAGCCCUUUCCUGGCCGGUUUGAUUACUGUGGAGGCAUCAGAUGUUGACAGCUAACAGUUCAUGAAAUCAGUGAUUUACUUUGUUAAAUCAAUGAGCUUUAGCCUGAAAGUUAUUGCUGCUCUGUCAUUAAUGAAACAGUUUUUUAAAAUUAAUUUGUUCUACUGAAAUUAAGUUUUCUGGUUAGAAAUAGAGUGGACGCUGUUUAUCAUCCAGGUUUUACAUCCCAUGCAUUGAUCUACCUGCCCCUUCUCUUCACUCCAAAGAAGAGAGAACAGAAUAAUACACUAGAUGUGCUAUAGAGAUGCAGAAUUAUAAUGUGUUUCAUUUUACUGUUGGAAUUUCUUAUUACAACAUUGUAUGAUAACCUGAAAUGUUUACUUGUGCCUUUGCUUUAAACAAUUAAAAUGUUCCAUUUUAUUAAAAUUUGUUUCCUUAAACUA